AUGAGGUCAAUUCUUGGAGGCUUGGCAGUCUUGGUUCCUGCCGAGUCCAACACCCUUCGAUCCCCUUUAGUGCGGGAUCCGCGCCGCAUCGAUAGAAUCGCGGACGUGCUGGUACCUGAAGCACACAUCGAAGUGUCCACAAGCGACAGACGAGAAUCAGCGAAAAAGAUGCACACCUACAAGAUUAUCAGCAAAUCGGCACAGGCUGCGAAACUUCCUGAUGCCUGA